GCAUUGAAUAUAACUUUCCCUCUUUACUUUACGCCCUCCACCGUCCACCGUCCACCCUCUUCCGGGCUCUUUGCAGAAGUCUGCACAGCCCCAGUAGUAGUACACCGCUGUGGAAGGAGGACUGAAGUAACGCCAAGAAUAUUUGCCUCCAACAAUGUAACAAACUUCUGCAAUCUGUCUACCCAAUCCCAACUUUUUUUGUUUUUGGACAAUAAGGUGAAUCAAAUUACAUCAUCAUGUUUUUUUCGAGCGAGCGCGUUUCCUUGGAGCGCGUAAUAAUGCGCACGGCCGUUUUGGCACUGCUGCUUUACGCACAGGCCGGUUUGGGCUUCUCAGUGGCCGGGCAGCAGGAAAGCACCUGCGACGCCAACGGCAGCAUCUACUUCGUGGGAGAAUGGUAUUUUCUGGACUCGGAUCACUGCACCCAGUGUGAAUGCACCACCGAGGGCUCCGCAUGCUCCCGCACUGAGUGCACCUCUCUGCCGGCUGCCUGCAUCCAUGUCAGCCACUACCCCACCGACUGCUGCCCACGGUGCGAGAAGAUCGGCUGCGAGUACCGGGGAGUGGUGUACGAGCUGGGGCAGGACUUCCAGCCAUCAGAAUGUGAGCAGUGCACUUGUGACAGUGAUGGCAUCGCCCGCUGUCUAGUUGCAGAUUGUGCCCCUCCACCAUGUGUCAACCCUGUUUACCAGCCUGGCACAUGCUGCCCUGAAUGCAGAGAUGGUCCUAACUGCUACGUUGAUGCAUCACGCAACCAGGUGAUUCCUGCAGGAGAGCCCAUGUGGGUCGACUCCUGCACCAAGUGUCGCUGUCACGACGGCCAGGAUGCCGGCUACUGGGAGGGAAACCGCCUCGCCACCUGUUCCCGCCUCAAAAACUGUACGCCUGAACAACCAUCCACCAAGAAAAACUGAUUCACUCUGUCACCAGAGAACCAGCUGUUAUACCCUAAAAUAUACAAAUAUCCCUGAUGGCGGAUCGACUACACACCUUCCAUCAAGAACACGCCGGUCCAUCGUGUGCAGCUGGAAAUGGAUAAAAUGCAACUUUUUCAACUUUUUUCUACAUCAGUUUUUUGGGAACAGAACCAAACAAGAACCAAAUUAAUCAUUUUAAAAAACACCAAAAGCCAUCCGAACAGAUCAGCUGCCAUUCCACAAGGACUUUUCAUCCAAGAUUUCUGCAAAAUACUGAUGAGACCCACUGAAUUUGUCACUUUGGUGGACAAGGCUGGCCCAUUAUCAGGCCUUAGCUGCAUAUUACAAACAAGGUUGAAAUUCAAGGCGGAUUUACAGACCGGUCAAACCUCCAGGUUCUCUGCAUGUCAGUGGAUUUUGGCAAUUUGAUUAACUGCAAAGUACAAUAUUAACAAAGGCGUUAUUGUCUAACAUUGUGGUCCUGUCAUGUAGGCGGCCACUGAGUCAAUAUCUCGAUAUAAGACCCUCAUUAGUUUAGUUUAUGUUGUGCUUCCAUGGUGCAUAUUCAUAAAUAAAUUGUGUUUACUCAAAUUACUACAAACUAACUGAGGCACAGAGACCUUGUGGCCAGGUAGACGAUGCAUAGAGCGUGGUUGGUGGAGAAUCAAUAGGCCCCCAAUACUUUAAUCUGGCUGUGCUGUACUGUAAGAAGAAGACUUAAUCCCUGCUAUCUGAGAAGGUAAUUACAGUCCUUGAAAACCACUGAAAACAGUGAAGUUUUGAAAGAAAACAGGAUUAAAGCCCUCUCCAUUUAAUAUGGACUGCAGUGAUGUAAAAAUAAGAUGUACUGUUAAGCCAACCGGUAAAUCCAUAAUUUAACAAAUGUGACAGGAACUAGAACAAACAAACUUGACCCUUAAAAGGUGACCACACUCCAGAUAUUUACCCUUUUAUAUUUUAUCUGCCCGACUAUGAUUUCUUCAAAAAGUCUAUGUUUUAAGAGAGAGAGAGACUUUAUAGAAGCCCAGGAGGCAUAUUUUCAAUUUCCAGACAACUGCUUUGGGGAAAAAAACUGCAACAUAACAAAACCAAUGAGAUUAUUGGAUGAUAAGAAAUUGUAAUUGACCUGUCACGGGUUGAUGCACCAGCCAAAUGUAUGCACAGCUGUGAUACAAUUCAGACGAGGAAAUGGCUGAGCAAUGCAAUUAACAAGUGGUAACUGUCCUAUAAAUUCCGCAGUUCAUUUUCUAGGCUAAUUGAAAUAUAAGGUAUGAGACUAUGGCCUAACACAUGACCGUACAGUAGUUGUAGACACGAGCGAUAUUUGAAAACAGGGUUGUUAUUUGUGCAUGUACACUGUAGAGCAGGAAAAACAAUCUGUAAUGAACUGCUUUAUUGAUUUUUCACUAGUGGAAAGAAUGUGAAGCCUUUUUUUAGAAACAGCCUUCCUUGCACUGUUAUCAGUUGUCAUUUACCUUCUUCAGAAACAUCUUGAUGAAAAAAGAAGUGUCAUUUUUAUAUAGGUUUAUAUGCAGCAGAUCUUCCUACUGUUAUUUGUCAUUAUCUACCACUUUAAUCAUGAGGGACCUUUGAAUGAAAACCAAAAAUAACCUUGUCUUAUUAAACGUUUAUGUGCAGUGUCGGAGCCUAUAAUGGCAUUUACUUUAUAUAUAAGACUCCCAAGCUGCUGCUGUAUGAAUCAUUACAACUGACACGUUUCACUGACUUGAUUCUCCCCGAAAAGCUUCUUUAUGCAAGGUUUGGGAUUAAGAUGAAACUUUUAUGGCUAUGGACACCUUUUAAAUCUUAUUUUAUCAGGAGAAUUUAUGAAUACACACUCUUUCUUGCUUCCUUGAGGGGAGUGGUAGUCAAAUCAAAAAGUGAAUGAAUGAGAUCUGAAAGCUGUUCUUCCGUAGUUAUCAUCUUAAUUACCGAAUAAUCAGAAUGACACAAGGUUAAAAAAAGAGUUUGACAUUUUGUGAAAUAUUGCUUUCUUGCUGAGAGUUAGAUGAGAAGAUUGAAACCACUCUCAUGUCUGUUCUGUAAAUAGCUUAGCUUAGCAUAAAGACUGGGAACAGGUAGAAACAGCUAGCCUGGCUCCGUCCAAAACUAACAGAAUUAGCCAGAAAUGUCAAGUGGAGCUUCAGUUUACUGCCUAUAAGAAAAGGGAACCAAUAUGAAUCACACCCAACAUGUAAUGUGUUCUGCUGGUAAUAUACACUGGCAUCUUGUAAAAUAUUCCAAAAUCAAAACACCUUUCCAUGUCCAUUAAAAAUCUCUCACUUUGUUUUUCCUCGA